ACUGUUUUCAUAUCAGCGUAAAACCACAAAUCAGUCUCCUGCCUUUCUUCCUUUCUUUUAAGCUCAAUAAUAAUAAUAGCUAUAUUUGCUUCCACUAUUUUCUCAACUACUAUUUCCUUCAACAUGUUUUCGACAAUUGCUGUGCCUACUAACCAAACAAAGCCUCAUCGCCGGGAUAUCUCCGCCGUGCCGGAGAGUGAGAUACUCAGGAGAAGAAAUGAGGAGUUAGAGAAAGAAUUGAAAAAGAGCAUUGAGAGGGAAGAGAAAAUGAAGCAGGAAUUGCACAAAACAUGGGAAAGGCUGAGGGUGGCGGAGGAGGCUGAGGAGCGACUUUGCUCUCAGCUCGGUGAACUUGAGGCCGAGGCUGUUGAUCAGGCUCGGACUUACAGGACACGUGUCAUUCAUCUGAUGGAUCAACUCUCUUUGGCCCAAAAACUUCUCGAAUCAGCUUCCGUUGCCGUUCCCGGAUCCCAAUGAUUAUAGGGGAAAUGUGGGUUGACGCUUCAUUCGCAUUUUCAAACUCGGUAGAGCACGUACGCCUGUAAAAUUUUGUGUUGGUUUCUUGUUCAAUGCAAAUGAAAAGAUAUAAGAUUAGGCACUCGGAUUAAUAGUGGUGUAAAUUCACUUCUUCUUUUUUGUCGUCUUGGAGGUGUAAUGAGGGAAAUUUUGUUACUGUAUAUCAUCUUCUUCCUCUGCUCCGCAGACGGGCACAGCUUUCUCCGGUG